AUGACUGAUUCAACUCCGAUCGACAGCAACCUGCAGUACCUGCGAACCCCGAUAGUCCAGGCCAUGGGUACCAUGCUGACUGCACUAGAUUGGGUCGGAUUCAUCGCUCUCAGUGGCACUGCGGCAACACUUGCUUACCGUUUGUUCACUUUCGUUCCUCCGAACUCGGAUGUCCUCUACUUCUUCGGUUCGUCCUUGACUGGCAAAAUGCAAGCCCUUAUUGUUCAGACAGGUUACAGAGAGCAUGGAAUGAUUUCUCUCUAUGUCAAUCUCUUUGCAGGGGUUGCAUAUUAUGCCAAAGUCUGCUCGCAUCUUUCGGGCGAUGUCAAUGGUGAAUUCAACAUUGUCGCGUACAAAUACUUUGACUAUCUCAUCACCUGUCCUCUAUUGACCUUCGAUCUAUUGAGCACAUUGAACCUUCCUUACAAGAUCACGUAUGCCAUUUAUGUGCUCGUCACCUUGUUCAGCGGCUUCAUGGCUGCCAACUCGCCCAAGCCCGGAAGAUACUUGUGGUUCGGCUUUGGCAUGAUCAUCUUCUCAUAUACUUGGUUCAACAUCAUCUGCCUGGUGCAGGUUCGAUUCAUCCAAUACUUCAAGAAGAAAGUUUCGAACAACUCGAACACGAGCAAGAGAAUGUCUAUGGCCUCAAAAGCUGGAUUUCGGAACAAGAACGUGAGGAAUCCGCUGCAGACGGCUCUCUCCACCUACUUCUGCAUCUGGAUGGCCUAUCCCAUCUUGUGGAUCCUCCUGGAGACCAACGCAAUCUCUAGGCUGAUCAUGGACAAAGCACGGUUCGAGAUGACGGAGCUUAAGGUCACUAAGGAAGAUUUGCUCGAAGACUACAAGAAUGAGAAGCAGCGAAUGCGGGAGCUGCGUCGAAGAGCUCAGGCAGCACAGGACGGACAAGAGUCGUUCAGCGAAGACGAGGAGGAAGAGAUGAGUAGACACAACAAGGAAGCUGAUCGUCCUUCCAAGACAGAGGCCUCUUCAGCACCGACUCUCCCCAUGUCUCAAAUGCAACUUCAGGCGUUGAUGCAGCAAUUCUCUAACUUGCAAGCAUCGUCGCCAGAUCAGCAGCCGGUGACCCCAAACUUCCUCUCGGCACAGCCGUUCCCUCAAGCUCAGCCGUUCCCUCAAGCUCAGCCGUUCCCUCAAGCUCAGCCUGGCUUCCUUCAACAGGCUCAGAAUCUGAUGCCGAGACUUUCAGAAUCGUCCGACAGUCCCAACAACUCGUCACCUCUUCAGAGGCCUCAUCCUCUCCCUCCCGCUGCUCCUCCCGCAAACGGUUCCAGGUUGCCUGGACAAGACUGGCGCUCGUCCAUCAUGUUCACGCCUGAGUGA